GCACUGAAGUACCCUUCAGAGGCUUACCACUUAUUGGAUCUAUAUCUCAGAAGUACCACUACUACUAUCCCACUACUUGCGAGCCACAAUCAACAACCACUAGUAAACAUGGUUCUGGAAGAUUCUGACAUGGACAUGGUCAUCCCUGAGAUUGAAGUCACUGAGCAUGAUGUGGAGACUCCCCACGGAAGAAUCCACUGCACCAUGAAGGGGGUGCCCAAAGGGGACAGACCAGUCAUCCUGACCUUCCACGACAUUGGGCUGAACCACAAGACCUGUUUCGACUCACUCUUCAAUCAUGAGGAUAUGCUGGAGAUCAUGCAGCACUUUGCUGUGUGCCACGUCAAUGCCCCUGGACAACACGAGGGUGCCAGCACAUUCUCCACCGGGUAUGAGUACCCAUCCAUGGACCAGCUGUCUGAGUCUCUGCCUUUGGUCCUCAAACAUUUUGGGCUGAAGAGUGUGAUUGGCAUUGGCAUUGGAGCUGGAGCCUACAUCCUGACCCGCUUCGCUCUGGACUACCCAGCCAUGGUGGAGGGGCUGCUGCUCAUCAACAUCAACCCAUGUGCUGAGGGCUGGAUGGACUGGGCAGCACAGAAGAUCACUGGCUGGGCCCACGCCAUGCCUGACAUGAUCAUCUCCCACCUGUUUGGAAAGGAGGAGAUCCACAACAACCUUGACCUGAUCGCCACCUACCGCCACCACAUCACCACCGACAUGAACCAGUUCAACCUGCAACACUUUGUCAAGUCUUACACCAGCCGAAGGGACCUAGAGAUUGAGAGGCCAACCCCUGGGGGCGGUUCCACCGUCAAAACUCUCAAGUGUCCUUCUCUUCUGGUGGUUGGGGACAGCUCUCCAGCGGUCGAUGCUGUGGUUGAGUGCAACACCAAACUGGACCCGACUAAAACCACACUGCUCAAGAUGGCUGACUGUGGAGGCAUGCCCCAAAUUGACCAGCCUGCCAAACUGACAGAAGCCUUCAAGUACUUCAUCCAAGGCAUGGGAUACAUGCCCUCCGCCAGUAUGACCAGACUGGUUCGUUCUCGUACCGCCUCCGGUUCCAGCAUCACCUCCUUUGAAGGCAAUCGCUCCAGGUCUCACACUGGUGACGGCAACCGGUCUCGCUCUCACACCAACGAUGGCAACCGCUCGCGGUCCCACACUACUGAUAACCAGCGUGGACGCUCCCACACAGACGCGCCAAUGGACGGCUCGGGAAACUGCAGCACAGAGCCCGCGGUUCUCAAGUCCACUGAAGUGUCCUGCUAGGCUGUGACCCCCCCCACCCCUCUACCACCACACCUUGUGACCUGGUGUCCUGUCCCAUGCCCUGGGGGUCCUGCUGCGGUGCCACUAACCACACACACACACUCUUACAUGCAUAUGCACAUACACACACUCUCACAUGCAUAUGCACAUACACACACGCGUCUUUGGAUUUUGCUGGCAACACCGUAUCAGAGAAUAUUGGAGAAAGCUGUGGGUGUGAGCGCAAACAAAAGCUUGUACAUUUCAGUCUUUUUAAUCUCCAAUUUUAUCUGUUUCUUUUUUUUCUUUUCUAGCUGUUCUGGUUGUGGUUUUUCUUUUCAUUGACACAGCUUUCUCAAAUAUAUGAUCAAUUCUGUCUGACUGUGACUGUUUAUCAUUAACUUUCUUUUCGUUGUGUAAUUACUGUGUAUAUGAAGGAGUCUUUAGACGUGGAAGAGAGGCAGGUGAAAAUGGCAGUUUUCUUUCUUAAAACUAGCUGUUCUAUCUUUGAAACGAAGGGACAGAAUCAAUAAGUAUCAUGUAUAGAACAUUCCUCUGUUUUACAGUGUGAUCCUUGUCAUUUUCACAAUUGUUUUUGUUCUAUAUCUAUUUUUGUUCAAGAUCAGUUCAUUUAAAAUUGUUCUUGGUUCAUCUGUUACUUAUCCCUGUCAAACUCUCAAAUCAAAAUGAUUGUAGAAAUUCCUUAAGAACAUGUGCUAGGCUUUUCGCUAAAAAAAGCAAAAACUUGCAUGAAACAGCUGUUAAGUUGUAUUGCUUUAUUAAUCAAUCACAGCAUCAGGCAAAAACAAAUUUUUAAUACACAUUUCUAUGAUUAUUUUUAUGCAAUUAAGCACAACAGAACAAACAUGUGCCAUCAAAUCCUACGCUGCAGACUUCAUGCUCCUUUGAAGCAGUGGUUUGGAGAGGGUAACAGUAAUGCAUCCACAUUUAUUGAAGGAUAAUUAGCCAUAAAGCUUUAACCACCUUGUACUUGUCUAAUCCUUCUUGUACUUGCACUACAUCAGCUUUGAAGACCAAUACAAACGUAGCUUUGUAAAGAUGCACAACUGACUAAUGCUGUAGACAAAGAAGCAUUAAAGAAAUUGCAUAACGGUUUGUAUUUAUUAAAAAAUUUGAAAAAAAUAAAUAACUUGGAACUGAC